UGAGGCGUGAGGGAGGCAGGUGCGCAGAGCGCGCGUGUGGGAGCAGUGGGGCCAUGCGCGCCUGGCCGCGCUGCCCUCGCCGCUGCCCCCGUCGUGAAUCCGGGCCCCGUCGUGAAUCCGGGCCCCGUCGUGAACCCGGGCCCCGUCGUGAAUCCGGGCCCCGUCAGCUCGACUGAGUCACCGUGGCGAUGGAGGCCGAGCGGGCGCGCCUGGCGGCCAGGAUCCAGCGAUGGAACGAGUCUUGCCUCGACCUCUUUGGGAUGAGCGGCCCCGAUGAGGCUCUGGAGUUCCAUGCGGUGGUGCGGUUUCAAGUGCAGGCCGAGGGGGCCGUGGGCAGGGUGCACAGCACGUGCGUGCGCGUCACGAGCUCCAGCAGCGCCGUCGAUGUCCUGCGUGCCCUGGAAGAGAAGCUGCAGACUCCUCUCGACUCCUACGGCAUUUUUGAAUUGCUCCCUGGCAAAGGUGAGCGGCGCUUGGGACAUGGUGAGAGACCGCUCUUGUUGCAGCUGGCCUGGAACCCCAAAGGUCACCAUGGGAGCUUCAUUCUCAAACCAACUUCCUCGUUACCUGCCAAGGUGGACGGUUGUGAAAGCCCGAGUGACCAGGUCAGAGACAAUGACCAGGAUUCCUUGCAGAGCCUCAAGAAUUCCUCCGGCAAGGCCAUUCUGCAGCUGAGGAGGAGCCUCUCGGGGGGCAGCCAGAGGGAGAGGCGAAGGUCUUGGGGAGAGAAGGUGACGCCCCCCGUCAUGCGACAGAGCUCGUAUGGGCCGACGAGCACGCAGCAGCAACAGCAACAACAGCAACAACAACAGCAGCAGCAACAGCAACAACAGCAACAACAACAGCAGCAGCAACAGCAGCAACAGCAGCAGCAACAGCAGCAACAGCAGCAGCAGGGGGACUGCGAAGGCGGAGAUGUGGAGGGCACCGAGCAGUGCUUGCCCUACCUCGUUGACGUGACUCCAGGAGGAUCUCAACGCAUUUUCUUUCUGCAUUGUGAGGAGACGGCCAUUGGCUGUGAACAGCACCAAGACCGAUGCAUUCAGGUGUAUGGGCCUGGUAUUGGACCUCGCCACUGCUUUGUCCAUAAACAGGAUGGGGUGGUGACCCUGGUGCCAUGCGUACCACUGAACAACCUCACUUACGUGGAUGGGCGGCCAGUCCAUGAACCUGUGGUGCUGCACAAUGGGAACACGGUGCGCCUAGGGUCGGGCACUCUCCUGCAAUUUGUGUACGGACCUGGCUCCAUUCUGGAACAGGAAAUGAUGGCCUUUGGAAACACGGAUUUCACAGCGUCAGGGCCUAUGGUGGCUGGCUUCGAGCACAACGAGCUGGGAUUGAGAAUACCUUCAACGGAAGCAAAAGUGGAUGUGCAUAGACCACAAGCACAGCCCUCAUUGCCGCAAGGGCAUCGGUAUGGGUCUGUGGGAAUUGAACAAAGCGAAAUGCGACAAGGGAAGGGGGCGUUCGUGGAAACAGCACCCAGAGCUGUUGGCGCUGGACUCUGCUUCUCAGAAUCAGCCGUGAGCGCGGUGGCUUCGGGAGUCUCACAGCCCGAGCCACGUCCCUGGGAGCCCAGUCUAGGCCCAGGUUUCAACCAACAAGGCCUGGGGGGAUCAGAGAGAGCCAGAGCCAGGACCAGAGCCCUGGAACAGGGGGAUCAUCUCAGCAAGCCCUUGUCAGGACCAGAGCACAGCAAAGUCCAGCUCAGGAAUGCCUUGACUUCGGAGUUAUAUCAAAAACAAGCUGCAUUUGAAUCCAUGUCUGUGGAACAGGAAAACAGAGAGAAGCCUUCCUCAUCUACAUCAGAAGGGACGCUGCAGCGACUCCACGCCUACGAGCUUUGCCUCCCCGUCUACGUGGAGGUAUCCUCCAACGCCGAGGAGGAGUUCCUGGAUGCGGUGACCUCUACCCCGUCGGACAUCCCGCCCACGUUCAGCCUGGGACCGGCCUACACCAUCUACUCUGCCUGCCGUUUCCUGCUGUCCAGCCAGGGCAGCUGCUCCCUGCCCUCGCAGCAGCAGCAGCGGUGGCGGCACCAGCAUAUAGCGCAUCUCACAGAGGGAGCGGCCUCACGCAUAGAGGGGACAGUGCAGGCCAGUGGACGGGACAUGAUGGUGAGCGGUUUCUGGAUGGCCAACACCUCAGAGUUGCUUCACUUCUUGGAGCAGGAUGGUGACCUCCGCCCUCUCACGCUCCCAGCGCAGGAGAUGCUGUCCUCCGCCGUCCACACAGCAUUCAGCAACCUGGUGGAGUGCUUGAAGACGGAGCUGAGUGUGCGCCUGCCCGUGUUCCUGCAGGACCCACAGACCCUGACCGCUGGGGCACCUCAGAUAGGUCCAGUGCUGUCUCUGCUGACGGAGGUGAUGUCAAUGCUGAGGACGUUCAAAACCAACCCCGCGCUGCUGGUGCAGAUAUUUGCCCGCGUGUUCACGCUCAUCACGGGCUGGCUCUUCAACUCGCUGCUCUCCGACGUGGAUCUGGGCCUGCGCUCGCGCUACUGGGCCACCACGCUGCAGCGCCGCCUGCUGCCCCUGGCGCGCUGGGCCGAGGGGCAGGGCCUGGAGCGGGCUGCGGCCUGCCACCUAGCACACAUCGUGCAGGCCACGGAAUUGCUGACCAUGCGCAAGUACGAAGUGAGCGACGUGCGCGAGAUCCUCGUCACCUGCUACCGCCUCAACUCGCUGCAGAUGCGGGCCCUGCUGGAGACCUACCAGUACGCGCCCGACGAGCCCAAGAUACCGCAGGAGGUGAUUGAGCAGGUGGUGAGCAUGACGCGCGACACGACGGACGCGGUGUGGCUGUCCCAGCAGCAGGAGGUGAGUCGCCUCGAGAGCCUCGAGCUGCGGCUGCCCUUCCUGGUGCCCGGGGACGGCUACGCCUGCGAGGGCCUCGCCGCCAUCCCUGCCGGCCUGCACCACUUCCUGCAGCCCCUGCUCCUCGCCGGGUUGUGCAAGCUGCUCCCACAGCCGUGGACGGGAACCUGGACCGUCUUCUUCUCCGGCGACUCGGAUCGCCGCUCCGCUGCAAACUCGCUGUCCGAGGUCUCCGUCAUGAUGGGGGAACCGGAAAUUGUGCAGAUAAACCUGCAGAAGCGCCAGGGCCUCGGCUUCAGCAUCGUCGCUGCUAAGGGACCCAGGCAGGCGAACAUCGGGAUUUACAUCAAGUCGAUCAUCAAAGGUGGCGCCGCUGACCUGGAUGGGAGAAUCGCCAAGGGUGACCAGCUCCUCUCCAUCAAUGGAACAAGUUUGAUCGGAAUUUCAGAAAAACGGGCAGUGGAGAUUAUGAUGAAUACCGGAUCCGUGGUGGCACUGGACGUCGCUAAAAACGCCGCUCUCUUUCACAACUUGGCGGAUACGCUCAGCCAUCCGACGCCCCUCAACAACCGCGUGGUGCGGCGGACGUCCCGCGCAGCACGUCCCAAGAGCGAGAGCUUCACGACGCAGGCGUGGCAGGAGAGGGACCACGCUCAGGGCAGCGCUGCCCACAGCCAGGUCGACGUGUUGAGGCUACUGGAGGUUGAAAUCAAUCGGCUGAACUCCCGGCACCGCUCUCCUCUGGAGGAGGAGCAGCUGCAGAACCUGUGGAUUGAGUACCAGUCGCAGCUGGGUAGCCAGCACGGGGCGGUGUCCCAGCUACCACUGCUCCGCCACCCCCUUCCCGGGACGGCCGCACCCAGGUCCUCAGCGUUCAGGCCAGCGGCAUCCAUGUUGGAGCUCUCUUCAGACACCCUGGUGACACAGGGCCAGUACACGCACCCAGCGCUCCAAGCCCGGCUCGGACAAGCGCUGCCGGCCUGGUCUGACCGCAGCCUGGACCCCUGGGAGCAGCGUAGACAUUCUCCGGAGCCAAACCAAAUGGAGGCGGUUCAUCUGGGCACAAGCCAGACACUUCACAAAUUACCUUUGCACCCAAACUCAAAACAGCAGCAACCUCAGUCAAGUCCACUUUCGUUUGUGACUUCAGCUGGAGCACCAGUUGGCGGCAGAGAAAGAACGACUCAUCUGUCACCUACUGGAGAACCAAAACUCCCAUUUAAAUCCACAAUACCUGGCGUUAAUGUAAACAUGAGAAGUGAUGGUGAACGGCAUAACUCCUCAUUCUCAGUCAGUCAGCACACAGUGCCACAAUUGAAAGCCCUGCAGUCACCCACUUAUCCCCCUCAAUCCGGGCCGCACUCAGGUGGUUUUAAUGCAAGUGUGAAACACAGGAGAGAUUCCCAGCAGUCACUCGUGGAGUCUCAGGUAGAGAUGGAGGCACCGAUGGGAUCGGUCUCCUACACAGAGCCUCCUGCGGGCCCUCACUCUGCUCAGUCCCCAAGUGGUCUCUCCCCAGACCUAGACCCCGAUUUAGCAGCAGGGGGUUUCCGCCCACUGUUGUUCCGGGCACCUGUCCCCCAGGAGGCCGAACGAAGCUCCCCGGUUCCCGCCUCGAGGUUUUCUACAGGAUUCUCUUCAGCCUCCGAUGGGAAUCUCAAUCAGCUCCUGCAGAGAGGCUUAUUCGAGCCCAUUCUAAACUUCUCAAAGAAUAUGGACCAGACUCUCAAUGCUGUGCACCAGGGUUUACCCACAACACAAACAAACCCAGAUGACUUUAACGGAAAUCCAUAUGACUUACAAAAUACCGUUCACUUUGUGGAAAAUGGCAGUGAAAAUCAAUGUGUACCGAUCCUUAAUCACAUGUUAUCACCACACAAACAAACUGCAAGUCUACACGAGACAGGAGAAUUGCGCAAUGAAUUCCCUUGUGAUUGUGAUCGUUUAGUGGGAGAGAGCGGAGUGGAGGACCCCCCCUGCAGGCCCCGGCAGCAGCAGCAGCCCCACGAGCCCGCAAGACGCCACGCGCCUGGGUUCACUGGAGCGAGCACUGGCGAAUCAAAGGGCACAAGGCGAACCUCCUGUAGAGUCAUCCCUGAUGUACUUUCUUCCAUCUCUGAGGAGAUGUGGCCUGGAAAUGCCCAGCAAUCCACAGCAACUGAGCAACAUUUCUCAACACACAUCAGAAACCCCGAGAGAAAUGCUUUGGGUGUUAUGGACGCAAUACAAAAACCCACACAUGACAAAAUAAUUGCAGUGGAACAGACUAGACAGCUUGCUAGAAACGUUCAGGUAUCCCAUGAUGAUGUAGAGGUAUUGCCCAUGAUUAAAAAUAAAGGGGACCAGCAUGUAAACAUGUCUGCUGCUAAAGAGAGUGAAUGUAUUGAUCAGUCGCCAAGUUCUACAAUGCACAAGUUUGCAGAAGAUGGAAUAAAACCCCAGUUUGUAGAAAAGGUGGACAUGAAGGUUCAAGUACCAGGAGGCAACGAAGAUCCCAGUCGCCUCUCCCCAUACUGGAAUGAAACAAAAGCUUCAGCAGGGCCAGAGCCAUCACUCACAACUGGAGGGAAAUUGCCCAUUUUUAGAUCGCAUGGAAUACAUUCUGCAGGCCCCAUAACUCCUCAACACACCACAGCAGAUAUUGCUGACGAAAUGAAGUCUAAAGUCGUCUCAGAUGGAGGGACGUCGCAGCGAAGUGAUGCGCACAGGAAGUCGCGCUCCCGUGGGCUUCCACGCGUAACGACCGAGACGCUCACCCUAGCUCUGCGGGAGACGGAGCAGUCCUGGGAAGCACAGGCCACAGGCCCCGUCGUCUCACAGCCCCCUAGUGCCGCCGCGCCCUUUGCACCGCAAACCUAUCAGUUUGUGGCUCCCAAUGAACACUUGCAACAUAGCCAACUCCGCGUGAGCCCUGACCCUGCAUCGACAGAACCUAAGGUUGGUGAAUUUAGUCAAGGAAAUUUGGAAAUAUCUUCUUCAAUGGUUAACUCACACUUCGAAGCAGAUACGAAGGCCAAAGGUUUGACCAAUUUCAGUUCUGGUCCUUCCAAUAAUUUUACAAGACAUACAUCCAAUUUUACGGGACAUUUUUCACAGGAAAAUAUUCAAAUGGCAAGUGACCAGCUUGAGUCAAAGCAAAGUCCUCCAAAAGUUGAACUAACUCGGUCAAGUGGAGAUGCCAACUCUCAGUGGCAUGUUGCUUUGAUGCAAAAUAAUAGAUCACCUUUAGAUUGUUACUUGGAUGAAACUCAUAGAGAUGUAGAGGUUAUGUUUUUCAAUGACAUUCAACAAGCUCCUGAAUACUCUCCACACUUGAAACAAGUUGCAUUCCACCCUUCCAUUGAGGCCAUGGACCCUCACGGAGCAUCGGAGAGAGGCAUGGCCGAAGAGCUUAGUCAGCAUCCCGAGGGGCGCGAGCUCCCCGCGGAGGUGGUGCACAGCAAGGAUGCGAGGCAGAAUGAAUCAAACAAAAACAACAGUUCUCAUCCUCCACUGAGAUCUCAGCCAUCUUCACAAACCCCCUUUGUUCUACCAGGAAGACAAUUGUGUAGUGAUUUUAAAACACAUGCAGAUAUCGCUUUUCCUGCCGAAAUAAAUCCUGGAGCUUCACCACAGCAGGGCGAUGAUAAACCUCAUGAUGUGCCCAAAGGUGAAAUUUCCAACGCUUAUGCUAAUAAACUGGAGCAAACUGCCGAUGACAGGGUUCUAAAUAAUUUUCAAUUGAGCCCAGUCGAUCAAACUAUUGAUACUCAUUGGGAAAACUUAAUCCACAGUCAGCUUGAUAGAUAUCUAGAGAGUCCACUUUUAGAUACCACUUCCUCGAGUUCUAGUGAAAUACGAGCAGUGCAUUCCUUGGAGGUCCCACCAUUACCUCCAUCAUUGCCCCUGCCUUUAGAAGCUGAGAUGUUCACAGAGUCGGCCUUCCCACCCCCUCCAUCACCAUCUAUCCUGCUGCUUGAUGAUUCGCCCUGGGUAGAAAGGACAACUGAGGUGGGAUCGGCUAAUGAAUGCGUUCCUUGUAAUGGGGGACACUCCCAUGAGCAUCCAGAUGACGUCCAAUUUUCUAGAGUAACAGCCCAUACUCUCAGGACCUAUAGCUCUGCUCCUCAGGACCAAGGGGAUGUGUCCUGGGCUUUGGGACGAGCAUCCCUGAGAGACGGUCGACCGAUGAGAGUGGUGGACGUGAGGGAAGGCACUGCUCGAACGGACUUGCAGGUCCUGGACAAGAGAGACUCUUUUCGAGCACAAAAAAUCUCAGGGCUGAGGCUGAACCCAAGUAAAGGCUCAGGGCAGCAUGAGCCUCGUCCACCAGUGGCUGUAAAACCCAAAAGCCUGACAUCUGAGCCUCAACCAGUAGUUCAGCAAUCCGGCAAGUUCAUGAGAUCUGGCGUUUACAAGCCACACAUACUACGGCAACAGCAUUCAAAGCCUGAAGGUUCUGCAAACAAAUUGUCCUCGAUGGGUGAUGAACACCAAGAUUCCAGAGACUCUCCUCACCGUCAGCACCCCCCCUCCCCCAGUGAGGCCGAGCAGGACGCGGCUCCCGGCGUGGAGACGCUGCCCUUUAACGAGCGCCUCCGCCUCUUCCGCCAACGCGAGAGUCAACGCAAGCACACGUGACCCUGCUCUCCUCGGACGUUGGAAAGUGGUGAAGGCUGACGAACCACGCCGCACGGUAUUAGUCUCAAACGCCUAGCCUCGCUCGAACGUCGGGCACAAGUAACGAAAAGCAGAUCACUGGACGCAUCCAUUGUUGCUGGUGGUAAACAUCACGGCGCAGAGUUCGUGCAACCACAGCAGCCAGAGCUGCUGUGGUUGCACGCAUGCCUUGCACUGAUUUCAGCCGUAUUACGAGUGGUGUAAGGCUGUAGACCAUAGCUCAAGUACAAGUGCCUUGCCCUAAAAAUAGCUGCAAAAUUUCCAACCUGUGCAUAAUAGGGCUAUAUGAGGGUGGGUCAUGGUUGAUUACCUAACUUUCAGUAUUUUUAGCAAAACUAUACAAAUGUAAAGCUCAAAAGCAAAUAUAAUCACUGCAAAAUACCACGUACAAUUUAUGAAAGCAAAUAUGUCUAGUUUUUAUUCCCUGACACAAUGUAUGCGUGUAUACAAUAGAAAGGCGGCAGGCAAGGCAGGAUUACACAGAAUGACGAUACACAAGGAGAGAGGGGCAGCGCGUUCAGGCUGGAUUUUAAAAGAGGCCUCAAGCACUGAAACUGGUUGCCCACGGGCCAAACGCUUUUCCUUCACUCUUCACGUUGGUCGCUGACCUGUGUGUGCCGCCUCCAUUGCUUGUCCUCGGUAACCUUCAUUUCCACAAGCGCCCCCUUCAUUCGUCUCCUUCCAACACUGCGACCCUCUGCCUGUCUCUUGGUCGGUUUCCUCCUCCUGCGGCGUCCCCGUUCAUCAAGCCGUGCACUCGGAGAUUGUGUCCACUUCAGCUCUUCUCUCUCCUGAUGACUUCCAUGUUCAUUCUUCUUUCGUAUGCUGAACUUAUUUUGCACCGUACGUAACCAAUCGUGCUAAUGCCGUUAACGAUUGUCCACCAAGACAUUGCAUCUUGCACAUGUGCCAAUUUUCAAAGGUCACAAGUUUAUUUAAAAGGAAGUUUGAAUACUCUUCUAAAUGUUUUUUUUAUGAUUUCAAUGCCUGCGGAUUUCCUUUUCACAACACCCUAUUUUACGCACAUUACUACCUAAAUACAUAGUCUGCCACUACCUCCACACUUUAACUGAUAGAGGUGAAGGAAAGGGAGCAUCCAUAAUCAAUGCCAUGCACUCUGUUUUAAGUAAGCUCAUGUUCGGUCCAGUGUCCAGUUUUGGUGCCUAAAACUGCCAAAAGUUGCAAUGCCUUCUUCACGAACAAACAUAUAUCAUCUACACACUGCAAGUUUCUUUGCUACAAGUGAUCCAUUGUGAUGCUUGUUUUUUAGCACUUAUUAGUGGUCCUCAGCCAUUGAACAACCACCGUUUACUUUCCAUAAUUAAGCAGUCAUUUAGUGCUCAAUUUACUGACCCGAGAGGGGCGAUGGGCUAAAUCAAACUUGAUCAUGAUUCACAACCUCACACUUAUGAGCACAUUGCCCUAUCGGCGUGAGUUUUGUUGGCGAUAAAUGUGUAAAUACAUCGCUAUAAACGUAUAUUCUAUAUCAACGCUUGUCCAACGACCAGAGGUUAAUUGAGGGAUUGGUCGUGUGGAAUGAGGACGAUGAGGCCAAAGUGAUUGUGUUUUGCUUGAGAGUUGACACACCGGACCUACAUCACUAAUUACAGCUUCUGGCAACCAUCCUGGUUAAACUGGCUGGGUGUGAUCUCAUGCAAGCAAAUACGUAUACUGUAUUGUAUAUAUUUCCUUUACAUUUUCAUGCAAUGAAAUGUGUAAUUUUAUACGUAGGCUUUUACAACCAUUAUGAAUCAAUUGUGUGUAUAUAAUAAGGUAUCAAGGCUAGAUAUUACGCAUGCUCUAAAUGACAGACAAUUUAUUUUAACAUUUAUAUCAUCACCCUGUAAACUAGCAUGUUUUCUGGUUGGUUGAUUUUGGAUUUUAUUGAUGUACACUAAUAAAAAAAUCCGUGCAUAUUUAUGAAGUUUAACCUCCAUUUAGAAAAUGUGUUACCUAAGACAAGUGGGCCAAUGUGCAGCUCUUCAGGAAAUGCUGAUGUUUUUCGGCUAAUACCUAAAGGUUGUUAACCUUUUACAUGCUUUAUGUAUUUUGUGAAACUCGUGGUUUUCCAACCUGCACUACAAUAUUAUGUAUGUUAUGAUGGCUUAUUCUCGUCAUGUACAGAUUUCACCCUCAAUUUUUAUUGUGGUUUUGUUAACAUUUCCCUUCACCCUCAACAUUUAUUGUGAUUUUGUUAACCGUUCCCCUUGAUUUCAAUGCACAACCCAUUACUAUGUUAGUUUUGACAUAAAUUAAAGUGGCAGCAUCUAUAUUAAACUCA